GAGUAACUAGUGACCACCAGUAACAUCGGUUCCUACUUUCUUUUUUUUAAAUCCAUGACGGGCCUUCGCGGAUCUAUCCGCCUAUCCAUACCCCGUGAUCACCAAAACAACACAACAAAGUGGGGGAAAGAUGGCGAGCGGAGAGGAGGCUAGAUGCCCCUCUGUUUCUUCCGUACUCGAGGACCUGUUCCCUGCCGGAGGAUCAGAGCAAGUAUGCGGUGAUGGGAACCCUGAGCUCGUGCAACUGCGGGAGCGUCUUCAAGGCUGGCUAUCGCAAUAUGAGCCUUUGCUGUUAUGGAUGCAGAGGCUGCUUGUUUGGGAAAGGCCGCUCUACAGCAUCUUUGUUGCUCUCACGCUGAACACCUUAUUCUGGCUUCUGUCGUCGACGUCCCUGCGUCCUCUCUUCCUCCUGAGUCUUUCCAUUCUAGGGCUCAUGCAGCUGGAGAGAUGGACGCAUAAGUUACCUCUUACAACAGUUCAGUAUCCUGAGGCCAACCCAAUGGAAAGAGAGACCAUGUAUGUGCAACCCCGGCUCCUCAGUAUUCCAGAGCUCAGCCACCACCUGGUGGAGAGCUACCUCUACUGCUGCCUCUUCGUCCAGGAGAUGCUGCAGUACAAAAGGCAGAACCAUGGAAAGUUCUGUGCCAUGAUGUGCUCUGGCUGUUCUGUGCUCGCCGUGGUGGGACACUACGUACCAGGAAUCAUGAUAUCCUAUAUCAUCGCGCUGAGUGUGUUGGUGUGGCCUCUGGUGGUGUACCACGAGCUUAUCCAACGGAUGUACACGGGCCUGGAGCCCAUUCUGAUGAAACUGGACUACAGCAUGAAGGGAGACACGCAGCACCGCAAGCACGAUAAGAGGAAGGUGAAGAAGGAGGUGGAGGAAGGGGAUGAGCCCAGGGCUGAGACAGAGAGCGAGAGUGAGGAGGAGCUGUCCUGCUUUGCCCCCCUGGUGGAUGCAAAGACCACAGCCCUGGCUAUGGCCAUCACCGACUCGGAGCUGUCUGACGAGGAAGCAUCCAUUUUGGAGAGUGGGGGGUUCUCCGUAUCCAGAGCUACCACCCCACAGCUCACAGACGUCUCUGAAGACCCGGACCAGCAGAGUGUGCACAAUGACCCAGAGGAGGCCUUCUUAAGGGACCGAUCUGAAUUCCCCUCGGUUGACGAGUUUCCCAUUGAGCACAGCCUCCUCCACUUUCCGUUGCGGGGCCCCGGUCAGGGCCAAGGGGACGGGGCUACGGCUGGGGGAAUACGGCCCUCAGCGGGGGGGGGGCCCAUGAGCCCGGCCAGCCUCCUCAUCCAGCACCUGGCCUCCCCACUACACUUUGUCAACACACACUUCAACGGACGUGGACGGCCACCAGGUGGGGACCAGGGACCACUGCUGGGUGCUGGGACAGCGGAGGAGGUGGUGCAUGGGGGGGAAGUGGAGACCCAGGCCCCGAGGCAGUCACUGGAAGCCCUGAGUGUUGAGAUUGUGAACACGGCAAUCUCCACAGUGGUGCAGAACACUCUGUCGGCCAUGCUACGCUCCACCGAGGACAGCAAGGUCCCCUCAAUCGCAGAUUUCCUGCCCACCGACACGCCCCCCAGUACCCUGGAAAGUCCCCAUGUCGCCGAGGCAGAAAAGGACCAGGAUGCGGUCGCUGUGAAGACAGAGGAGAGGAGUGCUGAGGAGAUGCCGGAUGACAGAUUUGUACCGACCGAGGAUGAGGACUUUGAGCUUCUGGACCAAAGUGAACUGGAGGAGAUGGACGAGGACCUGCUGGGUCUUCUCAGUCCUGAUGGACAGGGGAUAGUGGGAGUGGCCUCUCCCACAGAUACACCCCCAUCUCCAACGCACCAACCAGAGUCCUUCUAGUGUUUUCAUCACCGCUCAUACCCUACUGUUUUGUUUUAUGUAGAUAUACAUUAUACAGAUAUAUAUGUACACUUAUCAAAGUGUCUGUGGUUAGUGGCAGUUGGUUAGUGAUUGAGAUCACUGUGGUUGAUUCUGCCUUCACACUAUCACUGUGGAUGAGUCCCGAAUGGGACCCUUCCCUUUACAGUGCUCUACUAUUUUACCAGGGCCCAUAGGGCUCUGGUCAAAAGUAGUGCACUAUAGCUAGAAUAGGGUGCCAUUUGGGAUGAAACUUGUGUUUCUUGAGGCUUGGGCUUGAUGGCACCUGUGUUUGACAGGGUUGUAAUUGCUUUUAACCAAGGGAACAAGCCAUUUGAGUUUUGGGAACUACUAGUAAUGUGUUUGGGUGGCAGGAGGAAGGGUUUGGAGCCUUGUCCCAUAUCUGUUUGUGCUGUAUGUUGUAAUGCUAAAUGCAGUUUGGUAUAUUACAGCACAAUCUGCAAUGGGACCAGGCUAUAGGGACCAGAUCUACAACCACCCUUCUCAAAGGAAAUGAUGAACAUAUUAUAUGUGGAUGGAUUCUUUGAGAGAAAGGAAAGGUUUUUGUUUUGAUUAUAUUAAUAUAUAUGAUAUAAACGAUUUAUUGCCGUCAUGCGAGAAUUUUAAAGUAAUAAAGAUUCUCUAUGGUCAGUAACCCAA